UAAAUUGACUGGCGCUCUGCUCGGACGAGGGCGUGUUCAGUUAACAAAAUUGUGCUUCGGUAUAGAAGGCCUGCAGUAAAUUGCGGCGGGGAAUUAGGCAGAGGUGGUUCUGGUAUUCUUUGAGGUGUUUUCAUAGAUAUUUUAAUUUGUUAAACCAUGUCUAGGUUUUUUAACGCAAUUAAUACUCACCUCCGGAGAGAUUUAGCCGCAUAUCGCGCUAUUGUGUGUCUUCCACUGCGUACAAUAAACUACACUUCGCAGAAACAUGUGGGAAAUGGGGACAGCACUAUGGUCCUGGGGAAGAGGUGGAAGGACACGGCUGAGACGGUGAUCAUCGGAGGGGGCUGUGUUGGAGUCAGUCUGGCCUAUCACCUGGCCAAGGCUGGACAGAAGGAUGUGGUCCUGCUGGAGAAGUCUGAACUGACCGCUGGAUCCACCUGGCACGCUGCUGGUUUGACCACGUACUACCACCCUGGUAUCAACCUGAAGAAGGUUCAUUACCACAGCAUCAAGCUGUAUGAGAGUCUGGAGGCCGAGACAGGACAGGCGGUGGGUUUCCACCAGCCAGGCAGUAUCCGUAUUGCCUCCACCCCAGUCAGAGUGGAUGAGCUGAAGUACCAGAUGGCAAGAGCCCACUGGCACCCCACGCCCCAGUGGCUCAUCACCCCUGAGAAGAUCAAGGAGCUCUUCCCCCUGCUCAACAUGGACAAGGUGCUAGCGGGUCUAUAUAACCCAGGAGACGGCCAUAUUGACCCCUACUCCCUAACCAUGGCCCUGGCUGCUGGGGCCCGUAUGUAUGGAGCCCAGAUCUACAACCCAGCCCUGGUCUCUGGCCUCACACCCACCAGUGAUGGGAAGUGGGAUGUCCAGACCCCAUACGGGACCAUCAGAGCUAACCGCAUAGUCAACGCCACAGGUUUCUGGGCAAGGGAAGUUGGCCAGCAGAUUGGCUUUGAGCACCCCACUAUCCCUGUCCAUCACCAGUAUGUUGUCACGGCAACGGUGCCUGAGGUAAAGGCCCUGAAGACAGAGCUGCCAGUGAUCAGGGACCUGGAGGGCUCCUACUACCUCAGACAGGAGAGAGAUGGACUGCUGUUUGGACCCUACGAGAGAGAGGAGAAGAUGGUGCUGCAGGACUCCUGGGUUAGAGAUGGAGUACCACCAGGUUUUGGUAAGGAGUUGUUUGAGUCAGACCUGGACCGUAUCAUGCACCACGUAGAGAUGGCCAUGGAGAUGGUGCCUGUACUGAAGAAUGCUGACAUCAUCAACAUUGUGUCUGGACCAAUCACCUAUACCCCUGACCUCCUUCCUAUGGUCGGACCGCACCAGGGAGCACGUAGCUACUGGACCGCUAUCGGCUUCGGGUAUGGAGUGAUCCACGCCGGUGGCAUUGGGAAGUUCCUCAGUGAUUGGAUCGUGACAGGGGAACCCCCCUAUGACCUCAUUGAAUGUGACCCCAACCGGUAUGGAAAAUGGACCACUGUACCCUACAUGUGUGCCAAAGCCAGAGAGUCCUAUGGAUUCAACAACGUGGUGGGCUACCCUAAAGAGGAGCGUUUUGCCGGCCGUCCGACCAACAGGACCAGUGGUGUGUAUGAGCUGCUAAAGGGAAAAGCUUCCAUGGGGUUCCACGCCGGCUGGGAACAGCCUCACUGGUUCUAUAAGCCUGGAGACGAUGCCGGUUACAAGCCUAGUUUCAGGCGUACCAACUGGUUCGGUCCGGUGGGGAGGGAGUGUAAGCUGGUGAUGGAGAAGGUUGGGGUCAUUGACCUGACACCCUUCGGCAAGUUCAUGGUUAAAGGGAAAGAUUCUCAUAAACUGCUGGACAGACUGUUCGCCAACACUAUGCCCAAGGUGGGCCUGACUAACAUCAGCCACAUGUUGACCCCCACUGGGAGAGUCUAUGCUGAGGUCACCAUUACCCAGCUCACAACUGGAGAGUUCCUCCUGAUCACAGGAUCUGGAUCAGAGCUGCAUGACCUCAGGUGGAUGGAGGAGGUGGUAGUCGAGGGGGCGUAUGAUGUAGAUAUUUCCAACGUGACAGAGGACAUUGGGGUGUUGGGUGUGGCUGGACCAAAGGCUAGAGAUGUUCUACAGAAACUCACUCAGGAGGACAUGAGCGACGCAAGCUUUAAGUUCCUCCACUGCAAACCCAUUCAACUGGGUGGCGUCAACCUCAGAGCUAUCAGGAUCUCCUACACAGGUGAGUUGGGCUGGGAGCUGUACAUUCCUCACAAGGACAUGGCAGCUGUGUACCAGGCUAUCAUGGCAGCAGGAGAGGACGAGGGCAUCGACAACUUUGGUACCUACGCCAUGUCAUCACUACGACUGGAGAAAGGCUUCAGAGGCUGGGGCGCAGAGAUGAACUGUGACACCAACCCUCUGGAAGCUGGUCUGGACUACUUCAUCAAACUCAACAAGCAUGCUGACUUCAUCGGUAAGGCAGCGCUGCAGGAGAUCAAAGCUAAAGGUCUGAAGAGGAAGCUGUCAUACAUCACCAUGGAUACGGAUGAUGUUGACCCAGAGGGCAACGAGACUAUCUGGCUCAAUGGCAAGGUGGUUGGUAACACUACAUCUGGGGCCUACAGCUACACCACCCAGCAGAGCCUGGCGUUUGCCUACCUGCCAGUGGAGCUGUGUUCUGUAGGGCAGAAGGUGGAAGUGGAGAUGUUGGGGAGGAAGUAUCCUGCCAUGGUGGUCCAGGAGCCACUGGUCCUCACAGAACCAACCAGGACCCGGCUGCAGAAGAAGAGCAAGGCAUAGACACUGGGGACGGGCAGAGAACCAGCUUAGAACUAGAGUACCAGACCUGGGUCGAAAAUAGGAUGUUGGCUUUCAAAUAUUUACAGUAUGCUCCUGGUGCUAAUUUCAACCCAGGUUCGACCAAGGUCCGCAAACGGUAGAGUCGACACCAACCAAGCAACUACACUGUGAAGUGAACUAUACUGGCUGACAAAGUGACAUGAAAAAGACUGAAAUGUGAUGAAUGGUACUCAAAUGACACCCUAUUUCCUAUUUUGUGCACUGUUUGUUGUGUACUAUAUAGGGUAUCAUUUGAGACAGACUUUGACUAUGAAGUAAAAAAAAUAUAUAUAUAUACUUUCCUGUUUGGUCAUCUGGUGAGGAAGAAUCAGCUAGAGCAACCUAGAAUGUGCAUAUAAGAGCUUAACUCUAGGUUCCAAUGUGGACAUAUGGACAUAUUGGAACGUAGCCCUAUACUUGUAUUCGUCUCAGUAUUCAUAGUAUUACAGGUCCAAUGCAGCCAUUUUUAUCUCGAUAUCAAAUCAUUUCAUGGUAACAAUUAAGUACCGAACUGUGGUUGUUUUUAAAACAUUUUUUUUUAAAGAAUUUCACCCCUAAGAAGAAGAAAAAAAGCGCAAUUUCUCAAGCAAGAAUUUUGUUAGGACCGUUUGGGAGUGGUCUGGGAGUGGUCUGGGAGUGGUCUUACACUAGCUGUUAUUGGCAGAGAGGUUUGGAACUCUUUCUUAUUGGUCUAUUAACUCAUUUACCGCCUGGUGAUGUCAACAGGUAGGCCAAAACUCCAUCCCACCCAAACAGGCUGAAAUUUCAGGUGGUCUUUUCAAACAGCUCUUACACUAAAAGGGCAUUAUCAUUUUCACAGUCGUAUUCUAACAUCGUAGUGUGGAAAUGUAUAUAAAACACUGAGCCUUUAAAGUCAUGAUACCUUUGGCUUAAGUCUUGAAUCCAUCCAACCCUUAGAAUGUGGUCAUUAAGUACCUAUACCUUAACUGCUUAACAACAGAGCCAAUCAUUUCUCUUAGGUGGCAUUUUAAUGUCUCAGUGUGGCAGUGUUAUCUGUUUGAAUGGCUUUUUAAAUUCCAGGUAUUAAGGGUUAUUAUGGGGUUGAAAAGCAGUCUUGGUAGAAGUGUUAUUGUAGCUACACUAUCACAAGAAGAAUGGGCCAAAUAGAUGCUGCUUUACUUCCUACUGUAGUCUCUACCUUAUGUGGAAGAGACAAUUAACUAUGAUAAUGCUUUGCACAAACCUCAGUCUUGAAAGCAGGGUGGGCAUAUUGCAGAUAAUAAUCAACUAUGCACCAGUGGCGGUUCUAGACCAUUUCAACUGGGGGGGCCAAGCUGGGGCCAGUUGUACUGUUAGAGGGGCCAGUUACAUUAGACGUUAUUGUUGUCAUAUCGUUUUCUUCACUGCAUUGCAGGCAUUAGCAGGCAAAAGACCAUGUUCAUAAUCAUUCAACAAUUUAUUUGCGUUUCCAUUAUAAUUUUCAUUAGCAUUACAUAUUCAGUAUCAGGUCACAUCAACUGUAUUCUCCGGUUUUUGUGGGGUUUUUUGCAAAAGGAUCAGCAAAUUCAUCUAGACUCAAGGCCUUUGCCCUCCUUGACUCAAUACACGUAAAUUGCUUAAUCUGUCAUCUGACAUUGUGGACCUGAGAUGCGUUUUCACCAGCUUUAGUGCAGAAAAACUCAGUUCACAAGAAGCAGUACUAACAGGGAUUGAAACAGCUAUCUUGCACAGUUUAAAGAGCUCAAAGGAAACUUCUGUAUAAGGCUCAAUGAAUAAUACCAGCUGUACUACACUGGAGGGUCUCUGCAUGCCACUCUGUAUUUUCCUUUCUAAAAGUCUUCUGAACUGAUGUAGUUCAUGCCCCAAGUCCUCAAUAUUUGAUUCAUACAUUCUAGCAAAUGGAAACAGGGACUUCUCUUUGAGAAACACAUCACUUGUAGGGUUUAGAGUUUGGAUGCCAUUCAUUAUGUCACAGUUUUUGCUAGGGAACCUUCUGUUAAGCUCAUUGAGCAUAUGAUCUAAAACAGGGUAGAAAAGGGUUGUACGAAAACGGCCUUUUUCUUGUUCUGAAUCUGACCCACUGUACUGAGUACAGUCUCCAUUAAAUUGAGAGCUUAGCUUUUUUGGUCGUUUUGCAAGGGGGUGUAUCGCAUUGCUCAGCUGUGUUCAACACUUCAUUCCAUAGGUCAUCAAAAAAUGACCCAUCCCUGUAGCCAUUCAAAGUUUGAACUAAGGCUUCAACUAAAUCAACAGCCUUUGACAGGUCAAGUGAUAAAGACUGUAGCAUAUCUGAUAGAAAUGUUUUCUUCUCCAAACACUUUAUGGAGUGUAACAAGGCACACAAUGAAUUGUAAAUCUAUCUGUGCAAGCAGACCUCGUGCCUCAACAGAUCUGUCACCAUUGUUCUUGGACUAUGUCUUGCAGGACUCGCUUAAUGGCAGGUAAUCUAUCCAUAAUAGUAUGUAGAGCCAUAUAUCGACAUGCCCAGCGAGUGUCACUUAGUCUCUGAAGCUCUCUAGGUGCACCUGGGUACAUCUCUUUGUAUGCUAAAUCAUUUUUGAUGCACAUAUGACCCAGAUGUGAAGACGUAAAGUCUUUCUAGUAAGGAGAAGAACUGUCCUGCCUCAGGAACAGCUUUGACUGUAUCCACUAAAACUAAGUUUAGACAGUGUGCACUGCAGUGGAUGUAAAAGGCAUGCUUUGCUUGUUCUUUAAUGCGUGCCUGGACGUCUGAAUGCUUGCCACUCAUAACGGAAGCACCGUCAUAUGCUUGGCCUACUAGGUUGUUUUUGUAUUCAAGACCAUGACUUUCUAAUAUGUGUAUGAUUUUGUCAGUAAGCCAUGCUGCAUCUAGUCGAUCGGCCGAUUCAAAGUGGAGAAAGCUCUCAUGGACAGCUCCUCUGAAAUAAGACCUGAGUACUAGUGAUAUCUUCUCCUUUUUGUUUUUACGUCUUUUGUUUCGUCUGCCAUUAUGCGAAAGACCUCACUGUCUUUCACUUCUUCUAUCAUUUUUGUUCAAACCAUGUCUGCCAAACAACUCAGAACCUCAUUCUGAAUCCCUUUGCAUUAUGAAUGGAAGUCAACCUUUUUUUCACAGUUGUGUCAUCCUUAGCUAUUGUUUCUAGGAUUGCCAUGAAGUUCCCUUUAUUAUCUGACUCUGCAGACUCAUCGUGUCCUCUCUGUGCAAUGUUUUGUGUGGCUGUAAGUAGUAGUACUUCUCCUAUUGUUUUAAUAUAGUCCCGAUUUUUCUUGAACCUGUUUGUUGUGUUCCUUGUUUAGGGCAUUUACCAGUGUUGCAUUACUUUUUACAGCUUUCUGAUAGUCUCUCCAUGUAAUUAUUGCUUGUUUGUGCUGCUCAGACCUUGCAUGAAUUGUAAGUUGCCUUCUUCCAGUUGUUAAAAGCCAAUUGUGAAUCAAA